CGCGCCUUAAACCGAUUCGAGCGUAACGAAGAUCGAAACGAGGGAGUGAAUGUUGAAGUCAUCAUCACCACCGUCGUCUCUCUUCGCGAAGAACUCGAUUCUUCUUCACCGACGAUGGAAGACAAUGUCAGAUCUCAUCAAAACGCACGCCCUUCUGAUCACACUCGGUCUCUCCGAGGAAGAGCCUUUCCCUUCCCGCGCUCUCUCCUUCUCCGCUCUCUCUUCCUCCCCAGGCGGCGCCGAUUACGCUUACAGAUUCUUGACGAGAUUGUCAAACCCUCCGAAAUUCAGCUGGAACUUCGUGAUACGAGGCUUCUCCGAUAAUAGGAAAAAACCCGAGAAGACGAUCCGUGCUUAUAUCCAGAUGCUGAGAAACGGGUUCUCGCCGGAUCAUAUGACGUAUCCGUUUCUCCUGAAAUCGACUUCUCGUCUAUUGGACGAGAGACUCGGCGGGUCGUUGCAUUCAUCCGUAUUGAAAAACGGGUUGGUCUGGGAUUUGUAUAUAUGUAACUCUCUUAUUCACAUGUACGGUUCGUUUCGAGAUAGCGUUUCCGCUCGCAAGGUGUUCGAUGAAAUGCCUGACAAGAAUUUGGUGACCUGGAACUCGAUCCUGGACGGGUACGCGAAGUGCGGGGACGUUGUUUCCGCGAGAAAGGUGUUCGAUCAAAUGACUGAGAGAGAUGUCGUGUCUUGGAGCUCUAUGGUGGAUGGGUAUGUGAAGAGCGGGGAGUAUAACGAAGCUCUUGGAGUGUUUGAUGAGAUGAUGAGAGUGAGUAACGGGAAGGCUAAUGAGGUUACUAUGGUUAGCGUCUUGUGCGCUUGUGCUCACUUGGGUGCGUUAAACCGAGGAAAGGCGGUGCAUCGGUAUAUACUGGAUAAGCAUUUGCCUUUGACAGUUAUGUUGCGGACGUCUCUUAUCGAUAUGUAUGCGAAAUGCGGGUCGAUAGGAGACGCUUGGGGGGUGUUCUGUGGAGCAAACGUUGAGGAGACGGAUGUGUUGAUGUGGAAUGCUGUGAUUGGAGGGCUUGCGAGUCACGGUUUCAUAAGAGAGUCGCUCCAGUUGUUUCACAAGAUGCAAGAAUCGGAGUUUGAACCUGACGAGAUUACAUUCCUGUGCUUGCUCGCUGCUUGUUCCCAUGGCGGAUUAGUGAGAGAAGCUUGGCAUUUGUUUAAGAGUCUCAAGAAAAGCGGAGCAGAACCGAAGAGCGAGCAUUACGCUUGUAUGGUCGACGUGCUUUCCCGUGCUGGUCUAGUUAAAGACGCGUACGGUUUUAUAUCCGAAAUGCCGAUGGAACCCACCGGUUCGAUGUUGGGUGCUUUGGUUAACGGGUGUAUUAACCAUGGAAACUGGGAGCUUGCGGAAACAGUUGGAAAGAGGCUUGUAGAGCUGCAACCGGAUAACGAUGGACGAUAUGUCGGGUUAGCUAACGUUUAUGCGGUAAACCAGCGGUUUGGCGCGGCUCGAUCUAUGAGAGAAGCAAUGGAGAAGAGAGGAGUGAAGAAAGUUGCAGGACACAGUAUAAUUGAAUUGAAUGGAACACCGCAUAGGUUCAUAGCUCAUGACAAAAUGCAUUUAGACAGUGAGAAGAUCUACGCAGCGUUACAUCUGGUUAGUAUUUGGAUGGAUCUCGAUGUCGACGAUGACGUUAAUGAGAACUAUAAUUGUAUUUCUUCUUAAUCAUAUACCAUUAACUAUUUAGUAGGAGGGGCUUAUCAUUCAGUAAAAUUUUUUAUUACUCAAUAUAUAUAAAGAAUCACCCACU